UCAAAUAAAAAUACAGUAAAAUGGCCGAGUCCGAAUUAAACGUUGACAAUCUGAUUCAACGACUAUUAGAAGUAUAUAAAAUUCAAAAGGAAUACAACCAAAACCAAGAUAAUAAGAAGAAAACAAAAUUUAAAGACAUAUUUUCGUCUGAUUUACGAGGAUGUCGACCCGGAAAAUCCGUACAGAUGACGGAAGGCGAGGUGAGGGGCUUGUGCCUAAAGUCCCGCGAAAUCUUUCUACAGCAACCCAUCUUAUUAGAACUAGAAGCCCCGCUAAAAAUUUGUGGUGAUAUUCACGGACAGUACACGGAUUUAUUGCGCCUAUUCGAAUACGGCGGCUUUCCCCCGGAGGCGAACUACUUAUUCCUAGGAGACUACGUCGAUCGCGGCAAGCAAUCGCUGGAGACGAUCUGCCUGCUGCUGGCCUACAAAAUUAAGUAUCCCGAAAACUUCUUCCUGCUACGGGGGAAUCACGAGUGCGCCUCGAUUAAUCGAAUAUACGGAUUCUACGAUGAGUGUAAACGACGGUACAAUAUUAAGCUGUGGAAGACGUUUACGGACUGUUUCAAUUGUUUACCGAUAGCGGCGAUUAUAGACGAGAAAAUUUUCUGCUGCCACGGCGGAUUAAGUCCAGAUUUACAGAGUAUGGAACAAAUUCGUAGGAUUAUGCGACCUACUGAUGUACCUGAUACAGGCCUACUGUGCGAUUUACUAUGGUCCGACCCAGAUAAGGACGUCCAGGGCUGGGGCGAAAACGACCGCGGCGUAUCGUUCACGUUCGGCGCGGACGUCGUGACGAAAUUCCUAAACCGUCACGACCUGGACCUUAUCUGUCGGGCGCAUCAGGUCGUCGAGGACGGUUACGAAUUCUUCGCGAAGCGCCAGCUAGUCACGCUCUUCUCGGCGCCAAACUACUGCGGCGAAUUCGACAACGCCGGUGGAAUGAUGAGCGUCGAUGAGACGCUGAUGUGCUCGUUUCAGAUUUUGAAGCCCUCGGAGAAGAAGGCGAAGUAUCAGUAUCAAGGAGUGAAUUCUGGACGUCCGGCGACGCCGCAGCGCAGUCCCACAAAUAAAAAGAAAUAAGGUCUUCUCGAUGUUGUUAUUUUCUUUUGCAUUUAUUGUUUGUGUUGUCCUUUUAAUGCGGAUCGAGUCAGUUGCAUUGUUAUGGAGGGCUGUCUUACAUUUAGUUUGUACAUAAAAAUUUUAUGGUGCCGUUUUAUACAUUGAGGUUAUUAUGCAGAUGUCAAUCGUAGUGUGCAAUAUAGAAAUAUUAUUUAUGGUCAAUAUUUGUGACAGAAGUAUUAAAUAAAAUAUGAUGACAGCUUGCAAAUGUUAAAAGUAUUAUUUAUUAGAAUUAAAUUUACGGUUUUAUUUA